CUUUGGGCCACGGUCACAUUCGGCCCAAAACCCGACCCGGUUCGUUCUGUAGACUUGAACCGUGAUAUCCGAACCGAAGCACAUCUAAGUAAAACAGUAAAAGCGUUAGGUCUGUAUUACCAGAAUCACGCUUCUCAUUCUUAACUGUACUCUCUCUCUAGGGUUUUCUGCUUCUUCUUCCUUCCGAUCUGCCAACACCUCAAAUUUCUUUGUAUGCUUCCUCAAUUGAAUCUCGAUAAUUCACACAUUUAGCUCAAGAUUACGCGAUGCCCAGGUAUUACUGUGACUACUGCGACACUUAUCUGACGCAUGAUUCCCCUUCGGUGAGAAAACAGCAUAAUGCAGGAUACAAGCACAAGGCGAAUGUACGAACAUACUACCAACAAUACGAGGCACAAUUAAAUCAAAGUUUGAUAGACCAAAAAGUGAAGGAACAUCUAGGUGCAUUUAGACCCCCACCAGGUGUUGCUUAUAAUCCGAUUCAAAUGAGGCCCGGUUUAAUGCCCAUGCCUCUUCCAGGCCAGUAUCCUCUCGGUAUGCAAUUUAGACCUCCUGUUUUGCCCCGGCCACCCGGUGCUCCUGGAGGCUAUGCGCCACCUCAGAUGCCGCAAAUGGUGCUACCACCGGGAGCUCCUAUGCCAGGUCAGAUGAAUGGUCUACAAAGACCAGGGGGGCUUCCACCCCCUCCUCCGAUGAUUCCUGGAAUGCCAAGUGGGGGUGCACCACCGCCAAUGUUUGCACCACCGCCAAUGUAUCAAGGGAAUGUUUCUUUACCUACAAGCGGAGGAAGUGAUAGUUCUAGUAUUAAUAACGCUCAAGCUACCGACGCUAAUCAGUAGUAGAGUCUUCUUAUUCUCUUCCGUAUUCUUUUGGUCGGAUGUUGAUGAGAAUUUGUGCAAAGAAUUUUGUUAUGUCUAGAAAGGGCUGCUCUGCUCUUUGGUCGAAUAUGACCUUUUGUCUGCGAUUUGUAUUCCUUAGCUUUGGUGUAUAUUUCAAAAU